AUGCCUGUCUGGUCAGAGCCAGGGCGUUACCACGUCAAUCUUGCUCCUGGUAGACAUCAGAUCCAGCAGACACUCACUUUUGGAAACAUACUAAGGCAAUACGCGGCAGCACAGUCUGCUGCGGAAACUCUCUCCGUCCUGUCUCGGGAUGCCCUCAAUGCGAUCCAGGCAUGUUACAACGUGGGCGCUGCUGGGCCCGGAGCACCGCCGCUUGUGGGAUCAGCCCUCGAUGGCCCAGAGCUGGUGAAGAUGUUGAUCUACUUGAACUAUCUCGCUCUCGACACUGUGAGAGGUGCUAUUCUACUGCUGAUUGCCGGAGGUGCACCACCCGCCGUUGUGGUCGCAUACGGCGCGCUCGUGGCCAACAUGCAGAAUAUAACUUUCGCGACGCUUGUCGCCACCAGUCAUCUGCAGGGCAUGACCGUGGCCAACGUUUUGCUAGAUCCGAAUUAUAACAACUAUCUCAACAACCUCGACAAUACAAACGCGCCGGGUGUGCCAACGCCGCCACAGUCUGGACUCGGCACCGUGGAGCUCCUGUGCAGAAUUGUAGCAAGGAACCCAAACUGCAACAACAUGGCCGCCUUCACUGCUCUUGCGCAGGCCAUGAACCUCGCCAACCUUCCUCGCCCCGCAGGGCCUGCCAUAAACGGAUGGUGGGACUGCUAUAACAAGGGCAUCGCCAAAACCGUAUUUGUCUGCACGGGCUCCAACGGAGGCGCAGUAGGACAAGUACCGACGAUUGUCAUCACGACAUCACAGGACGAAUGGGGAUCUUUUAGCUCUCUUCAAAACUGGGCCAGGGCGUGCCGACAGCCACUGCGACGGCUCAACUGGAAUGGUGUCGGCGGCAUGAGGGACCCCAUGGGGCUUACGGCGGAAUCUCUUCAAGUCCGUCUCGAUUACCAGAAUGCCAUUGCCGCGCUCCCGGUCCCAACUAAUUUCGCCGCCCGCACCAACGCCCGUCAGGGCGUCAUUAACCUACGCGGCGCCUUCAGGGUUUUUCACAACGCCAAUCAUCCGCACGAGCUCGCCGUGCCUCUGACAUGUCCGGGCUUCCAGCCUAGAGCGCGCUGUAUGCGUUGCCAGGCAUUCUUUCAUUACAAUAUACAAGCACCUGGGGCGUUGGCUGGCGAGACAGUCCUGAAAGGGGCGAAUUACCUUAAAUGCCAUCUGAUGCGGGCUUGUGCGGAAUGUAUUGCGCAUUACGCCUGUUGCCAUGCUUUAGCGAAUGCUGGGAUAGUCGUCGGGGGAAAUGCAAGUCACUAG